CGCCUUCCACUCCUUAAAAGCAGCCAAAUGCUGGAAUUUGUCGCCAGAUGGUCUAGUCCAAGAAACUUCACAGAAGUCCUUUAAGGGAAAAUUUGACUUGUUCUUAAGGACUAAGGACAGUACCUUACUAUGAUUUACCAACAUUUUUCCUUUUCCCUCUUUUAUCAUUAAUAUACCUAGGUUCCUACCUAGAUGUAUCAGUGAUCCAUUGCUACUAGAUAUGAAAGCCCGUUAAGCGAACGCUUCUUCUAUUUCGUCCUGAACCAUUUGAACCAUUUGAUUAUGGCGACUUUGCUGAAGUAUUGCGGUACUCCAACUAAUGUCAUGCAUUUCCGUAACGCUGCGGUGCUCAGCUCCUCUGGAGUAUAUUCCACUUUUCUCAUAUUUAAAUUAAAAUAGAGGCGCAAAAUGCCACUCCUUACGGGACCAGAACGUGAACAGAUGCUUCCUCCUUUACUAAACAUCCACCAUUGGGAGUUGUGCCAACAUGGUUCUAGAGAGGCCAUACGACGCUCUUUUAUGUUUAAAAACUUUGAUGUAGCAUUCGACUUCAUGAAAAAAAUAGCAGACAAAUCCAAAGUUAUGAAUCACCACCCUGAAUGGUUCAAUGUGUAUAAUAAGUUCCAUUUUUUUAAAAUCUAUGUCAUGUUCAGUAACAACUUCAAUGAGGUUAGUCCAUCUACGGUAGCCCUACAAAACGGUAGUUUAUAUGGUAUUGUCUGAGAUUCAUCAAAGCUCCCAACAUUUAUAAGAUUUAGAUUUAGGGAACUAAAUUAUGGUGAAAAGCGAUCAAAUUUCAGAUAAGCUACUGGUAUUUGUACGCAAAAUUCACUUGUACUUUUGGCUACUUGUAGUUCUUGUACUAAUGCUGGUGUCAGUUUAUAAUGAAAAUGUUUCAACUGUUUUGUUUUGUCGAUUCGGUAUUGUGUAACAUACAUAAUUCCCGUGUGACAUCAUGUAAUGUGGAAUAACUGCAUAAAAUCACAUAGGAUUUCUCCAAUCAGAAUAUGGUAGUACUUGAUAUAAAUAUCAAAACAGUGACAGGAUACUGCCGAAUGCAAAUUUGAGCCACCUAUGAUUGAUUCUAAACUAAAUUUGCGAUCUUGGCAUAAUAUCAUAUAGCAGGGAGCAGACUACUUUAUCCAAAUUUUAAUCAAACAAGUGUGUCUAAAUAUCGUUAGUAUAGUCUGCUCAUUCUUAAUAUCAAGUUUCCCUACAACUAUCAAAAUAAUGUUCAAAGAAUAUCAAUGUUACUCAGGAUUUGAACACUCCAAUUCUGAGUUGUUUUUCACAUUUAACUACUAUUUCUUACCUAGUAUCGUAUAUGUUUUGUUGUUGUUGAACGCCUUGAGAAAGUUUAAUCAUGACUCUACAAUCGCAACUACAUGCUUUUUGCGUUUUGUCUAUCAUUUGCACAUCUGAUAGUCAUGUAACUUAACAACUACAUUUUUGUGCACUAUAGGGGCUAGUGAAUAUUCCAGAUUGUCUAGGUAGAUGUGGCCAGGUUUAAAACUAUAAUUUAUCAGUUGGAAGAGGAGUGCCUUAACUAUUCUUUCAGGCAGUGUACCAGACAUGUUGAUAAACAAUUAUAAAGUAAUCUAUUCGCUUAACCUACCUACCGAAGAGGAACUCUCAAUGACUAGUAUAAAUGAGCUUUUUAGCUCUGCUUUAACUUUCUAUUCCGUUUUGCAUAUACUUUAUGGUUGUGAAGGUUGGUCUUUUAAAUAUGGUAUUCGUAUGUUACAAUUACUCGAUCAUAAUACAUACCUAAGGAUUACUCUUAUAUGUUGGAACUAUUAAGUUAGCAACUCUGUGAUUAUUAGGUACGAGUGGCAAAUCAGUUAGCGGAGUACUGAGUCUUUAUCAACUGAGAUGAUUGGGACAUGUAUUAAGCAUGCAUAUCUACCGCCCACACCGAAGCGCGAUAAUGGCUGGUGUAGAAGUAGGUUGGAAAUAGCUAGGAGCAGUCAAGCUAAAAGAAUGGCACCAGUCUAUGAAGUCAACUAACAUUGUACUGAACCAUGUAUAUAAAUGCAAAGUAGCUAGUUUGUGUCCAAAUGUCUAUCAUAGGCGGCGGUCAGAGACCUUAGACAACAUUGUUCAGAAUCGCUCGCAAUGGAGAAAGUAAACUCACUUUGUCUUCCCUUAGAUGUUAAAUUUUAAACUACCUAGUCAACCUUUUUACUACAUGAAUCCGUAUUUUGUAUGCCCAACCUUUUCUGUUACCAAUUAUACUUUGACUAUCUCUACUAAUCUGGAAUUCACGUCGAAAAUUUCAUCACGUCCUGCUAAUGAGGUAUUUCUACGUAAACUGGACAUAUAUGUACUGGGUUUUACCUUGCCUAUGACUGGAUGGUUUCACUGAUAUCGGUGUCCCACUACCUUCGGCAUUAUUUGCCGACGCUGGGACUGGUUGGAAAAAGCGGAGAGGUGGUCAGUGUAUGACAUGGUGUCGUGGUAAGAAAGAAAGCUGCAAAGGGCUGGCCUGUUUUGGUCCUUCACGACUCCCUGGCUGGAGUCCGAGAGAUGGUGCAACACAGUGGCUAGAGACGUUAUCAGAUAUGGCUCAGAAUAGGAGCCAGUGGCGAUCCUGCUGUAACCUUUUACUUUCUUCAUAAAAAGUGGUUGUUUCUUCCUUAACUGAAAGAUCUUUUCUGAUUUUACGUUUCUGUUUCCCCCAUUAUUAUUAUUAUUACUAUUAUUACUAUUAUUAUUACUAUUAUACUACCUUACACUAAUCUGUUCGUUAUUGUCCUUUUUUCUUUUUACGCUCCUUGCCUUUUUUUCUCUCCUCGAAUUCUCAUUGUUUUGUGUGGCGCAUAUAUAUUUGGUGCCUUAUUGUACCAAUAUUUAUGUGUUCAAAUAUAUAAAUAAAUAAAUAGAAGCAAAAGAGUUGAAAGAGAAAGCAUCGACAAGUAGCUCUAGAUAGUUGUUUAAAUCGACCACAGUCAAACGUUACAGUCAGGCAAUGUCGUGAAAAGUCAUAUUAGUGAGCCACUGUCAAACCAAAGAUUGGAACAAUCGUUAAAUCGUUUUAAAAGGAAUCUGAUCGACGUUAAUCUACCUUUUUAUUACCCAAUUACUCAAUGUAACAUUAGAAUUGACCCUCUUGGUCUUAGUAAAAUUCUAAAAAUGCUAACUAACUUUAACUUAGUUAGCCCAGUGAUUUUUACGGGUUAACUCUAGAAGACUUCAAAGAUAAUUGUCCAGUGUUAUCAAUUAAAUUGAAUAAGAUAUUAAUCGGUCCUACAGCUGAAUAUAAUUCUCUUAUACUGGUUUUAAUCAUCGGGAGAUAGUUGAUUGUAGUCUAUUUUUUACACUGAUCAUGUUUGUUCUGAAUGGAUGAAACAAUGGUCAAUGUACUUUGCCUUAUUAUUUACAUAUAAAAAUAAAAGUUGAGCUAAGAAAUGUUUUCUUUUCUCAAUUAGUUCUUCAUCAAAGUUCUACAUUAUUAUAAAUUGGCUUCAUGAUUAAGUUUAAAAGCAAUAUCAGGGAGUAUAUGGUAGUGAAUCAGUUUAAUAAUAUAGUAACCAGUUUUUAACACAACAGAUGGAAAAUUAGAAGUUAAUUGACGCUAGUAGUCGGCUAAUCAUUAAUUCUAGUUACAUAUGAGUAAGAAUCUUCUUUAAAACUGAGUCAGUCAGUCAGUCAGCUACAACGUAGGACCAGACACAUAUGUGCAUCGGUCCAGGUUGCCAUACCGCAUCAGCACAACAAGAUGAACACGGGAUUCAUAGCAGUGGUUAUGUCAAAGGUGGUAAUAUAUAAGAGAAAGAUUGCAUAUAGAGAUGUAAUACAAGAUUAAAGAAUUGGUUCGUAGAAAGAAAGAUAUGAAGCGAUUUUAAUCUCUUAGUUUAAGGGAAGACAGAGAGUGUAUACACCGACGCCAUUGUGAUCGAUUCUGAGCCAUGUCACCAAGAGUCUCCAACCAUUGGUUACGAUAGUCACGCGGACCCCAACCAAGUAGUCUGCAUCUACCAACAUGGCUCAGACUACAAGUUAGUGACUUCAAGCACUGAUGCCACGUUUUGGUUUGGCCGCCCCUAACUUUCUUCCAACCAUCUCCAAUACCGGAUAGCAUUGCACGUC